GGUGGAAUUAACCCGAUUUGAAGAAAGGGGGGAUUCAGGAGGCCCGGGGCGUUGGGUGCCUCACCCUGCCUGGCUCCAGGGUGGCUUUUGGAAGGUGGAGAGUUGAAUCCUUCCAGGGAGAGAGAGAAAGAGGGGCUUGAGGAGGCCCGGAGCGUUGGGUGCCCAGCCCCUAGAGAGUGGUUUGGGUGGCGGAGCGUGGACCCCACAGGGAAUACAGAGAUUGGGGUCACAGGAAGGAACCCCAAUCGUCGGUCCUACGCUGUCACGCUUGGUGUCCUCUUGAGGCCUUACCCAGUUUCAGUGAUGACAGUUCCUAACUUUUUUUUUUUCCUAGAGUUGUAUAUAUAGAGCAUCCUGGAGUCCACCAUGAACGGACAGUUGGACCUAAGUGGGAAGCUAAUUAUCAAAGCUCAGCUUGGGGAAGAUAUCCGCCGAAUUCCCAUUCAUAAUGAAGAUAUUACUUACGAUGAAUUAGUGCUAAUGAUGCAGAGAGUAUUCAGAGGAAAACUUCUGAGUAAUGAUGAAGUUACAAUAAAGUAUAAGGAUGAAGAUGGAGAUCUUAUAACAAUUUUUGAUAGUUCUGACCUUUCCUUUGCAAUUCAGUGUAGUAGAAUACUGAAACUGACAUUAUUUGUUAAUGGCCAACCAAGACCCCUUGAAUCAAGUCAGGUGAAAUAUCUUCGUCGAGAACUGAUAGAACUUCGAAAUAAAGUGAAUCGCUUAUUGGAUAGCUUAGAGCCACCUGGAGAACCAGGACCUUCUACCAGUAUUCCUGAAAACGAUACUGUGGAUGGUAGGGAAGAGAAGCCUGCUGCCUCUGAUUCUUCUGGAAAACAGUCUACUCAGGUUAUGGCAGCAAGUAUGUCAGCUUUUGACCCUCUGAAAAACCAAGAUGAAAUCAACAAAAAUGUCAUGUCAGCAUUUGGAUUAACAGAUGACCAGGUUUCAGGGCCACCCAGUGCUCCUGCAGAAGACCGUUCAGGAACUCCUGACAGUAUUGCUUCUUCCUCCUCAGCAGCGCACCCAGCAGCAGUUCAGCCACAGCAACCUCCAUAUACAGGAGCUCAGACACAAGCAGGUCAGAUGUACCAACUAUACCAGCAGCAGGCUGGCUACGGGGCACAGCAGCCUCAAGCUCCUCAGCAGUACGGUAUUCAGUAUUCAGCUAGUUACAGCCAGCAGACUGGACCCCAACAACCUCAGCAGUUCCAGGGAUAUGGCCAACAACCAACUUCCCAGGCACCGGCCACUGCCUUUUCUGCUCAGCCACAACAACUGCCUGCUCAGCCACCACAGCAGUACCAGGCGAGCACUUACCCUCCACAAACUUACACUACCCAGACAUCUCAACCUGCUAACUACACUGUUCCCCCUGGCACUCAGCCUGGAAUGGCUCCAAGCCAACCUGGUGCUUACCAAGCAAGACCAGGUUUUACGCCAUCUCCUGCAAGUACCAUGACCCCUCCUUCCAGUGGGCCUAACCCUUAUGCACGCAACCGUCCUCCUUUUGGUCAGAGCUAUACCCAACCUGGACCCGGUUAUAAGUGAUGGCUAAUUACCCCCGAAAGACUACAAUACUAUUUUCUUUCAAUUUGUACUGUAUUGAAGUUCAAAAAUUUAAACAGCAGAGCAUUUUUUAUGAUAUCAUUGUUGCUGUUAAUUGAAAAUAUAAUUUGCUGGAAUAUAAACACAAAAAGACCAAAAUGAACAUUGUUUCCGCCCCUGCUUAAAAUUGUAGCAGCUUCCUAGUUAUUUUGGAACACUACUCUUGCGUGUAAAAUGAUUGGCUUUCUAGUUCCCAGAGGAUCUUAAAAAGCUAGGCUAAGGUUUAGCCAUCACACUUGGCUAUUUACUAUUAACAUGAUGUACUAAAAAUAGAGUCCUUUGAGAAGAUGACUAGACAUUAUGUAUAAAGUGUAACAUUGAUAGGCUAAUAAAGGUGAUUGAAUCCAA